CAUCACAGCAAUGCCCUCCACCAAUAGCUGGACCCAUGAGAUCGAGUCGCCGGUCGCCGCCCCGCGCCUCUUCCGCGCCGGCGUCAUGGACUGGCACACCCUGGCCCCCAAGCUCGUGCCGCAGAUCGUCGCCAGCGCCCACGCUGUUGAGGGAGAAGGCGGCGUAGGGAGCGUCAGGCAGUUCAACUUCACCUCAGCCAUGCCCUUCAACCUCAUCAAGGAGAGGCUCGAGUUCCUUGACGUGGACAAGUGCGAGUGCAAGUCGACCCUCAUCGAGGGUGGUGGCAUCGGCGCCGCGAUUGAGGCGGCCACGUCACACAUUAAGGUGGAGUCGGCGGCCAACGGCCGCAGCAUGGUCAAGGUGAAAUCAACAUACAAGCUGCUGCCAGGCAUAGAGGUGGAGGAUGAGAUCACCAAGGCCAAGGGCUAUGUCACGGCCAUCUUCAAGGCCGCCGAGGCCUACCUUAUCGCCAACCCGGAUGCCUACAACGACCAAAUAAAUCAGUCAACAGAGAUCAUAUAUAUGAUUAACAUGUGAUGUUCCUAGUUGUCUAAUAAAGCUGCUCCAAACCCUCAAGUAGUGACGCAGUAAUUGUGAUGAUUUUUCCAACAAUUGUGUGCUUAUAUUCAGGGACUCAUAGCACGUAUGUUCUCCUAUACUACUUGUACUACUACACAUCUCUUACAUUUUCUAACAAGAUAUGUUAAUAUGGUUUG